GGUAUUUUGGGUAUAAAAAGAAACAAAAAAAAAACACUCCCAAGGCUGUAACUGUUUCAUCUUCUUUUGAAGAUAUAAUGAACCACCACCACCAACACCAUUUCGUUCCUGACUUCGAGACCGAUGAUGAUUAUGUCAACGCUAACACAAAUUCUUCUUCUUCAAAUCUUCCAAGAAAACCCAUCAUAGGUGAAGAAGAAAAUGAUGAUCUGAUGGAACUUCUAUGGCACAACGGUCAAGUGGUUCUCCAUAAUCAAAGACCCAACGCCAAGAAACAUCCUUCUUCUUCUUCUGCUGCAGUCAAGCUUCACAACGAAGCUCCUCCGCCGCCGUUAGAUCAUAAUCUCUUCAUCCAGGAAGACGAAAUGUCCUCAUGGCUUCACUAUCCUCUCCGCGACGAUGAUUUCUGCUCCGAUCUUCUCUUCCCCUCGGCACCAACGUCUGAAAGACAGACCACGAAUCAGGUCACCGCCGCUAGACCACCGGUACCUUCGUCAGUGAGGCCUCCGGAAACGCCGUCUGCGAGGCCGCCGGUACCUUCUUCAGUGAGGCCACCGGUGAGGCCGUCGGUAACGUCGUCUGUGAGGCCACCGGUACGGAACUUCAUGAACUUCUCGAGGCUGAGAGGGGACUUCAACGGUAGAGGAGAGUCUGGACCGAAGCCGAUUGUUAGAGAAUCGACGCAAGUAAACCCUAGCGCCACCGCCACACCGUCGUCAGCAGGGAGCGAAUCCGAUCUAUCACGGCGUAACGACGGCAUUGACUGCCGAGCGGCGGUUGAUUUCGGAUCCGCAGCUGAAGGCGGAGCGUAUGCGUUCGGUCAUAAUCGGAAGGGAAAGGCGGUGGCCAUGGCGGAGCCGGCGAGUGAGAAUCACGGCGCAUCGUCAUCCGUUGCGUCGAAGAGUGAAAUCGAGGCGGCGGUUAAUGAACGACCGGAGGAGACGGGGAAGACGAUCGUCGAUGAGAGGAAACGGAAGGAGAGAGAAGCCACUGACGAGACUGAGUGCCGGAACGAGGAGGGUAAACAAGGAUGUGGAUCAACAUCGACAAAGAGAUCUCGAGCUGCUGAAGUUCAUAAUCUCUCUGAAAGGAAACGGAGAGAUAGGAUCAACGAGAGGAUGAAAGCUCUUCAAGAACUCAUUCCUCGCUGCAACAAGUCAGAUAAAGCUUCAAUGCUUGAUGAAGCUAUUGAGUACAUGAAAUCUCUCCAGCUGCAGAUACAGAUGAUGUCAAUGGGAUGCGGCAUGAUGCCGAUGAUGUACACCAGUAUGCAACAGUACAUGCCUCACAUGGCUAUGGGGAUGGGAAUGGGCAUGGACAUGGGUAUGAACAGGCCUCCUCCUCCUCCUCCGUUCAUGCAGUUCCCCAACAUGUUACCUUCUCAAAGACCUUUACCUCCACAGACUCGUAUGGGCGGCUACCCUGUUCAAGCUUCUGAUCCAUCAAGAGUAUAUGGAUCAAACCAGCCGUUUGAUCCAAACUCGAGCCAGGCUCAGUAUUCGGGUUACAUGGAUCCAUAUCAGCAAUUCCGCAGUCUUCACCCAAACCAACCACCUCAGUUUCAGAAUCAAGCAACAUCGUACCCAAGUUCAAGCAGGGUAAGUAGUAGCAAGGAAUCUGAGGAUCAGGGAAACCAAACAACAGGUUGAUGAGGCCUUGGGCCAGAUGAUCUGUUCUCACAAGAAACACACAGUUUUGAGAAAUUGACAGAGAGAGAGAGAGCUAACAUGUACAUCGCAGUGUCAUAUAUGUAUUAUGUUCUUGUUGUUAUUCUCUCUUCCUGAUUGUAUACUUCUUAGAGAGUUGUACAUGUUAAGAACCAUAAGUUUAGGAAUCAAUACAUACAGGUUGAAGAGGUUUAGUGAAGAGACUGCAUGGAGAGACUUGGGUUCAUAAAGACCCAAUGAUGCUGUGAAAUAUCUCUGUUCUA